UUAUGGUAGUGCAUGCAUGGACCACUGUAGGAGGGUACCACCAGGUCUGCUGUCUACAUAAGACAUUUUCCCGCGAUUCAUGUAGCUGUAAGCUUACUUUUUCUUAAUUAAUGAGGGAAGAGUGCCUUGUCUGAAUGUGUUUCGCUGCGGCGGUCUUCUUUUGAUAAAGGGGAUUUGCGAUCAGACUUGGGGUUAAUACUGAAAAGAGUAUAUUCGUUUUCGUGAACGGCGGUCGGCGGUGGACAUUUUUUCGCCUUUGUAUGUCUUUGCGCGUUGUAGAUUUGGGAUACGAGCUGGCUAACUUUUCCCUACAAGUUUAAACCACUAGCUGCCUAGCUUUCGCCGUCUACGAGUCGCUUACUCGCUAGAUUACUCCAUUUGUUUUCCUUGAUCGCUUAAUUAAAUCGAAUCAUAUUUUUAAAAAACUUUGCAUACAGGAAGUGGCUCCAUGCAUCAAGAACUUGACCAGACAAUAGACAAGUUUUGAGAAGACAUUAGGCUAUACUUGGCGAAGGACUAUAAUACAUGUCAAAUAGCUGGCUACAUAUAAGUGAAUGCAAGAGCCCGUUUUAAAGACGACUCCUGUCUAACAGAUUUUUUUCUGGAAAGAAUAAAACCAAAAGAGGAUUUAAACCACUUCCACGAAAAUAUUUUCAAUGAGAGAAAGCACCCUGAGUCCCGGUAUUUAGCGAAGGUAAAGCCGUCUAUUCUUUGCUACAGUUUUUCCUUAUGGAUCGUGAAAUUGCAUAGAUAAGUACCUGCAUUAUUGCGUGACUCCUCUGCCCAAGAUUGGGAUCCAGGAAACCAGGCUCCAAAUGACAAGUGCCUGACGAUGACGGCCAAGCGGAACCUGUUGGUGCGGCUGGUGCCGUGCCGCUGCCUGCGCGGCGAGGAGGAGGUGGUGACGGCGCUGGACUACUCCCACUGCAGCCUGGAGCAGGUGCCCAAGGAGAUCUUCAGCUUCGAGAAGACGCUGGAGGAGCUCUACCUGGACGCCAAUCAGAUCGAGGAGCUGCCCAAGCAACUGUUCAGCUGCCAGACGCUUCAUCGUCUGAGCCUGCCGGAUAACGACCUCACAGCAUUACCGGCGGCCAUCGCCAACCUUAUCAAUCUCCAGGAGCUGGACGUCAGCAAGAACAGUAUCCAGGAGUUUCCUGAAAACAUUAAGAACUGUAAGGUGUUAGCCAUUGUUGAAGCAAGCGUGAAUCCCAUUUCCAAGCUGCCAGAUGGCUUCACACAGCUCCUCAGCCUCACACAGCUGUACCUGAAUGAUGCCUUCCUGGAGUUCUUACCGGCCAGCUUCGGCAGGUUAACAAAACUGCAGAUUCUGGAGCUAAGGGAGAACCAGCUCAAGGUGUUGCCAAAAAGCAUGCACAAGCUGACCCAGCUGGAGCGACUGGACUUGGGCAGCAACGAGUUCACAGAAGUGCCUGAAGUUUUGCCGCAGCUGACAGGAAUCCGAGAGCUCUGGCUGGACGGGAACAGACUGACGUCCAUACCGGGGAUGAUUGGAACCAUGAAGCAGCUGACCUACCUGGAUGCGUCAAAGAACAACCUGGAGGCGGUCAGUGAGCAGAUCUCUGGCUGUGAAAACCUGCAGGACCUUCUGCUGUCCAGCAACACUCUGACCCAGCUGCCAGGGUCCAUAGGCUGCCUGAAGAAAUUGACCACACUCAAAGUGGAUGAGAACCAGCUAAUGUACCUGCCAGACUCAAUAGGAGGUCUCACACUGUUAGACGAGCUGGACUGCAGUUUCAAUGAAAUGGAGGCCCUGCCCCCGUCCAUCGGGCAGUGUGUCAACCUGCGCACGUUCGCCGCAGACCACAACUUCCUGACCCAGCUGCCCUCAGAGAUUGGCAGCUGGAAGAACGUGACGGUGCUGUUCCUGCACUCCAAUAAGCUGGAGUCACUACCAGAGCAGAUGGGGGACAUGGAGAGGCUCAAGGUCAUCAAUCUCAGUGACAACAGGCUGAAAAACCUGCCUUUUAGCUUCACCAAGCUGAGCCAGCUGACUGCCAUGUGGCUAUCUGAAAACCAGUCAAAGCCACUCAUUCCCCUGCAGAAGGAGGAAGAUCAGGAGACUCACAAGACCGUUCUCACCAACUACAUGUUCCCCCAGCAGACAAGGACAGAGGACUACAUCCCCGUCUCCGACAACGAGAGCUUCAACCCCUCCCUGUGGGAGGAGCAGCGCAGGCAGAAGGCACAAGUGGCCUUCGAGUGCGACGAGGACAAGGACGAUCGAGAGGCUCCCCCGCGGGAGGGCAACUUGAAGCGCUACCCCACCCCGUACCCGGAAGAGCUGAAGAACAUGGUGAAAACAGCCCAGAGCAUUGCUCACAGGCUGAAGGAAGAGGGGCCGGGUGACGAGGCGGGCAAAGACGCCAAGCCGCGUGAGGAGGCUCACGUGGGACUCCAGGAUGUGGGGAUCAAGGUAAUAGAAAAUACCUACGCAAAUGGCAAGAUGGUGGAAAUAGAUCCAGAUGCAGCUGUGAGCAAUGCCCAAAUCCGCAAUGCGCCAGAGCCCAGGGAGCCUGCAGAGAUCCAGAACGCACAGAGCAACCCGCUGAAGGCGCCCAACAACAAAGGGACAACAGCCAGUCAUGAGCACGCUGUCACGGGUCUGAAGGAGCUCUCCUCAGGGGAGGAGGAGAUGAAGAUGGCGGAGAUGCGGCCUCCUCUGUCUGAGAGCGCCAACCACCAGCCCAGAGUGGUGACGCUUGAAAAGAAAGACAACAGCAAAGACGCCGACUCGUUGCUGGAUGAGACGGUGGUGAACAGCAACCAGAACAACAGCAACUGCUCCUCACCCUCGCGCAUGUCCGACUCGGUGUCGCUCACCACCGACAGCAGCCAGGACGUCUCGCUCUGCACACCGGAGAAAGAGGCUAAGAUCCCCACCGUGCCCCAGUGCAGGCAAGAGGAUGAAAAUCAGAACCAGCUGGAGGACACGGCCCCCCUCCUGCAAAAUGGGAAUGGAUCUGACACGUUGCCACGACCUGAAAUUGAGUGCCAGAGGGAGUACGAGUCGAGCCCAGAGAAGACGAACCGGUUUGACCUCUCCGUGGAGGAGAAGCUGGCGUUCAUCGAGAGAGGGAUGGACCUGAAAAAUGGCCUGGGCGGGCCCUGCGACCAGUGGGAUCGGAUAAACAUGAAUGUGUCUGAGCUGCCUCUGGACAACGCAGCGCUGCUGGAUGACCGAGGCAAGACCAAGGAGACCGCUGCCCAGGAGGGCUUUCAGAAAGGGCCAGUGCUGGACAACAACAAUGAUAAACCUGCACCGGAACACCUUCUAAACGGGAACCAGGCCCAAAAGCAGACUUUCCCUGAACAUGUCAACGGACAUGCGAACGGGAAGCCUGAGGUCGUGCGGACGGCCGCGGUGGAGGUGACAGCUGGCGGUGAAACGCCUCUCUCUCGAAACACCGACGAGCUCUCUCCGCAGAAAAGAGGAACACCCGCUGUGGUUGUCAAGUCUCAGAGCUUCAAUAGCAUGGAGACGGGCGGGGUGAAGAUUUACGAAAUCGAUGGUGGCGCUGGACCAUAUGAGGCUGGGGCAGCAGAGAGGGUACCUGAUACCAGCACGCAGGGUCAGAGCAUUGUGCGAAGCAAGUCUGCAUCCCUUCUCAACGAUACCCCUCUUCAAGUCUACCCAGGAUCCUCUGUGUCCUCCUCGGAGCUGAACUCCGGUCCCAAGGCCCCGGCAAGGUGUGACGCCAAUGCAGGGAGGGUCUUGGUCCCUACCAGUGCACAGCUGCCCCAAUAUAAUGUCCAGUACACCACGACCGCCAUACCCGCCGAUAACUUGUGGACUCAGAGGACCCCUGUCCCACCUGAUCCAAUAUACCUCCCGCCGCAUCACUCGCUGGCCAAUACCAACUACUCCAACCGCAACAAUGCCCCGCCCUACCAUCUCCAGCCCCAGCAGCGGGGUUUGGGAAAACCCCCGGACAUGCGGGGCAAGGACAGGUUCCUGCCCCCUGCCCCGACGAGGGGCGCCGUUCAGAGACAGGGUAGCAACGCCUCCACUGCCUCCAUGGCCUCCAUGGCCUCCAUGACCCUCCAGGACCCCCGGCGAGUUCAGAUGUCUGAGGGAGAGUACAUGACCUACUGGGACCUCCAGGCCAUGGGGCGAGGGCCCCCCCUGCCCAUGGGCCCCGGGGCCCAGCGGCCGCUCUCUGCCCGGACGUACAGCAUUGACGGGUGCAGCGUGCCCCGCCCACAGAGCGCCCGCCCGCCUGCCCACGAGCUGCCUGGGAGGACCAUGUCGGUCAGCGACUUCAACUACCAGCGCAACAGCCCCAGGAAGUGGGCUGGCACGCGCGUGAAGUCGGAGGACUCCUUACUGGACUCGCCAGGCAGUGGGAGGGUGCCCGUCGACUGGAGAGACAAGGUGCUGCAGCACAUCGAGGCCAGGAAGUUAGAAAAGGUGCCUUACACGAAUGGACAGGUUUGUCCUUGGGCGCGACCCCCGAUGACCUGUGGUCAGAUGCCCGUGGUCCGACACCCAUCCAGAGAGCAGCUUAUAGACUACCUGAUGCAGAAAGUAUCCCCGCAGCACCCGGGACCUCCCUGCCUACCCCAUGAGCUCUUGCAUAAGGAGGUCCGUGUGAAAAUUGAGAAGAACCCAGAGCUGGGUUUUAGCAUAUCGGGAGGGGGCAGGGGCAAUCCUUUUCGUCCAGAAGAUAAUGGCAUAUUUGUGACUAGAGUCCAGCCAGAGGGACCUGCAUCGAAAUUCCUUCAGCCAGGGGACAAGAUAAUACAGGCAAAUGGAUACAGCUUUGUUAACAUUGAUCAUGGACAAGCAGUGUCGCUGCUGAAGACAUUUCCCAACACGGUGGAACUGAUCAUUAUCAGAGAAGUGCCUGCGUAGCAGGAGAGCAGGAAGAGGAAGUCCACAGUUCAGCAAGAGGCAGUGGGAAACAAGGAAACGAAUAGAUGAAUGUUUGCUUUAUCAUUGCUCUAUAUAGAGCAGCCAGUCCUCUGAAGAGAUGUUUGAACCGUGUACGCUGAAUCGCAUUGGCGCUUCGGUAUGAAACCACUGUGGCAAGUGGACUGGUCUGGGGUAACAGACACAGCCGUCAUCAAGGGAUGCUGUGUUUAUUUUUUUACCACGCUUGCUGAUAAAAUGACGGCCAACUGUCUGGAUAAAAAGAACUUACUUGUACAGACUUGUAGCGUUUAACUACGGUGUAUUGUAGCUGGCCACUAGGGGGCAGGGAUUUCUUGUUGUCACAAUCUGUGUACCUUUAUUUUUAAAUGUGUCUUUUUUGUUGCUGAAACCACUUACUCAGUGUACAGGAUAUGAGUCAGGCCAGUGGACAGUGCUAGUGUGGUGCCUGACUGGGUUCUUCAUUUUGCUGGAUGGUGCUGAACUCUGCCCUUUUGUUCCCCAGUCUGCCAGCGAAGGGCUUUUCAAUAGCCUGCUUUCGCUCGGAAUAGCAGCAUGCGGCGUGUCACCAGUUGUGGUCACGCCAUCGUUUAAAGCGGCGUGGUAAACACAGUGGGGAACAGGGAUCACUGUUGCUGCAGAGCAAAACCUCCUGAAAGCUUGACAUUUAACCUACAUUGGAUCCAAAGCACUUGUUUGGCAGAAAAUCCAUUAGAUUCAUUCGCAAAACAAGGAGUUGCUGCUCGCUAUGUUCACGUGGUUUUGCUCAAGUUCGCCCAAGCUUUGAAAACAUUUCAAACUUCCCUGACUGGCAAUGGAAACACCACUUAAGACCUGCCUCUGAUCACGGCCUGGAGAAUACAAGAAAUGUUCUCCAUAUGUCAAAUGCUAGUUCUGAGUAAUGGCAAAGAGAUACUAGAGGAACUGAGGGAGAAAGUAAAAGUGUAACUUCUCAGCUAUAAUACGCCUUGCCCUGAUGUGUGCUAGGCAGCCAAAGCAGAUGGCUAAAUGGGCACAGGCUUAUUCUGAAGGGAAGGGAAUGGCAUCCUGGUGGACUGGCAUGAGCCCCAGACCCUAUACUGAUAUGACACCAUCAUGAAGGGGUUCACUCUCAAAUUAGCCAACCAGGGUGCUUAUAAUGCCCUAGUUUCUAACUUCUUCUCUUUUGUGGAUUUGAAUCAGUAUUUUAACAACUUUAUUCAGUUAAAUAAGCGUCUUCAUUGGAAUCAUAUUAGAUUUUUUUACUCUCUUUCACAUAGGAACACAAUUUCCUCCAUGCAUUUUUGUCUUGGCAAGAACAAGGCAAAGAACAUGGGUGAGAAAUGCCAUGGAGCUGGAAUUCUGUGAAUCCAUGAUUGAGCCCUCUGAUGUAGGUGAUAUUCAUUAACCUGGACAGCUAAUGAGAUGUCUUAGUCAGAGCUGAAGAUGGUUGUUUUUUUUUUUUAUUAUUUUUGUCAGCGAAAAAAAUAUCAGUUUGUAUUUGUUAAAUCUGAAACCCUUCAGAUACACUCUAAUUGUUAUACAGGAUUUUAUAAUGUGCAUUUUUUAAAGUGAAAACAUUUGUUUUUUUCUUUUUUAAUUUGCAUUUGAAAAUGGAAUAUAGCGUUUUCAUGGUGUUAUUGGAACGUUUUCAUGAUGUUAUUGCCUGCAAUGCCCCAGUUUUUUGCAUAAACACAGCAGAAACAUAGAUUAGGCAUACUUAGAUGGCCAUACUUUCAUCAUUUCCAAGUGUUCCCAGUCACCGACUCAACAGCGGUAGCAGUGUGUGUAGAUUAAAUUAUGCACUAGAGGUGGUCAAUCUUUUGAGUGAGUGCCACAUUUAAGGGUGUCAUCAUUUAUUGUAUGUAUACAUUAAAAAAAUACCUUUGUUAUAAUUGCUUUCAAAGCAUACGUUAGCUUUAAAUGCACCUAGCGCUUCAGAGAUUCAGACAUUAUG